GGAGCACAUCCUCCUUUGCAGCACUCCCUGGGCCACCGUCAUGAGCCCCCAGACUCUGAAGUUUAUUCUCCACGGCAUCAUGUGCCAACUGGAGGCCUCAGAGUCCCCCCAGACAAGGAGGGCCAAUGACCCCUUCAGGCUGAUGAAGGAUCUGUUUGUGGAGGUCCAGCAUGCCCUGAAAUAUGCUGACAUCUCUGUCGUCUUUGGCCUGGAGGAGAGCAUCCAAUUCAGUGGGGAGGAUGCGGUGAAGGCCAUCGUGAAGACUGCGGCUAAAAGAUUGUCCUUGCGUUCGGACUCCAACCGGGCUCAACUGCGUGCCGCACGCUCUGGUAGUGAGGGAGCCAUCAGGUGCAUGGCGGACACCAUCACACAAGUCAUAGAUGACUAUUCAGAGGACUGUAGUUCCGAUGGCCAUUUUGGAGCCAGGAGGAGCCGUGGUAGUGGGAGGUCACACUCCUCAAGGAGUGACGUCACCCUCACCGAGGAGCUCCUGGCUUGGAGGGAAACCCUAGAAGAGGACCGAGAGGAGAUGGCUGAUGACAGCACUGGUUUGGAAAAGACCAGUGUAAGCUCAGCCAUCUCUGAAAAGUCCCAGGUUAUUAGCUACCUUUCUGAAAGCACCAAGCCCAUCAGCAGCGCCCUCUCCACAGACCUCGAGGACAUCACCUCCACACAGAAGAAAGAGAAGGAAGAGGCUAUGAAGAAAGAAGUGAGGAAGUCAGGAAAGAAGAAGCGAGGAAAUAACAAGAACCAGAAGAAGAACAAGGUGUCUCCUCUUGGCAAUGAUAGUACUGUGGCUGCAGAUGAGCCUAAGAAAAAACAGGCUCUCCUCCCGCGGAUCACAGCCGCCCUAGCAAAACUAUUUUGCUUCCCCUGCAAAAAAAAAAUGCAAAAAGUAACUGUGCAGAAGACGAGUUUGGGAAAAACCUGCUGCCACCUCCCCCAACCCACUUUCUAAAUAAACUCUCAAAGCCAACAGAAGAGGGAGGGAGACAACCCCCCCUGCUCACAACUCAUUUUAUUACACCCCAUUUAAUUCAAUAAACACAACUUGCAGCUA